AUGAGGGCAAGAAGGGCCCGCGAGUCCCAGGAGCAGACUACAAUGCGACUAUCACAGGUCGCUCAACGCAGCGCCCUGACGCAGGCCUCACAGUCACAAGAGGAGCGUGCCACCGGCUUGGCUGGGAAAGCUGCCUACAGGGCUUCGUUGCGAUCAAAGCUCAAGAAUGCACAACGGUCGGGAAUAAACGCACAGUAUGCAGCAACCGCCUCUGCAUCUCAAGCUUCCGAGACUCAUCAUCAAAGUCUUCUUCGUAAUGUAAGAAACUCUGCUGCCACUGCGAAAUCAAGGGAAAUAGAGACACUUGACCGCAAGCGCGCCCGUCAAUCCAGGGAUGCUGCUGCAACAGCGAGCGCUAGGGUUGCUGAGACACAGCUCCGUAGGUCUGUCGAGAGCAGUAGAUACUGCCUGCCCGCAGACGCGCCCGUCAAUCCAGGGACGCUGCUGCAACAGCGACUGCUAAGGCUGCUGAAACUCCGCUCUGUUCGAAAUGCUACGAAUGCUGCCACCACUGCCAGGUCGAGGGCAGCUGAAACAUUUGACCGCAGGCGCGCCCGUCAAUCCAGGGACGCUGCUUCAACAGCUAGGUCGAGGGAGUCUGAGACAGAGCUGCAUCGGGCAACCCGCAAUACCUGCAACGCUGCAGUGACUUCUGCUGCCAGAAAAUUCGUGGGCCCACAGACAAGGGCAAACAGACUUUCAAGGGCUGCUACAAUCAUGGCCGCUGUGCUCAAACCUCAAACUCCCCAAGCUCGCCGCAUACGCCUCGACGGCGACAUUCAGCGCCUUGCGACCGCCCGUAAUAUUACCUGUCCCAGUAGCUCUUUUUGGUAUUUCUUGGCUUUCAAUUACGACCCCGGCCUUAACUACGUGUGA